AUGCCGCUCUCUGCACUCAGUCAGAAAACACAUGGUAAUCGACCACGAUUGCAAGCGAACUUGAUUGGCGAGAUGAGCAUAUCUGAAGCUCGAAAAGCAAAAUAUGGGGACAUUCACGAUCUCCAAGAAUAUCGAUACUCUCACUUCUACCGUUGCUACCAAGGGUUGCCUGGUUACUCGCGCAAACUUCUUGAUGUAGAAGAAGAACUCCGUGAAGUGGUUCAAGAAGAGAUAUCUAUCAAAGAGGGAAUCAAUACCCUGACCAAAGGCGCUAAAGAACGACUUCGUGUCUUGGACGCGAGAUACUUCCUCCUUAAGCAAAGACAAGAGCAUUUGAUCUAUGGCGGUCACAUCCUAGAUGGUAUAUGCACAAAGCCCUUGUGGACGAUUGUGCUGGUCGAGAAGGGUGCUGUGCCCGCAGGUGUGGCUGCUGUUUCAACCGCAACAUUGACUAUACACGCAAGCUUGGAGUUGGACAUUGUACUCUUCAAUGUGCAUGUUGUCGAAGAGCACGAAGUGGCUUUGAUAUUUCUGAGAAGGACAGGAAAGCGCUGCGAAAAGAAUUUAGUAGUGAAACGAAGAGUCGUCGCUCGUACUGGUUCAAGCGAGUCUCAAUUUGGGGCUUGUCGAUGGUAG